CAGCAGCUUUAGCUCGCUAGCUGAUUGAUGUAUGGUGUGUUAAUAAUAUAUUUUAUAAAAAAAUAUAUUUUAAAAUUAAAUGUAAUCGUAAACUCGCUAUCAUUUUGCGCAUCAUCGUUAUGUGGGUUAUGUGUACGUGUAUGCGCGAGUAAAUUUAGUACACAGCUGGUUUGUUAAAGUUUUUUAAAUAAAAAAAAAAAAAAAACAAAUUGAUAUUUAUAUAGCAGGGGAAAAAAAAAACAAAUGUUGAUCGUAGACGCGAUUGGUGGUGGAUCUACGAACGACAAGUCGUAGUCAGGACGGUAAAAGUAAUAGAAGCACAAGACGAGGGGAUGAAUACAAUCGACGUAACGAGCAGCAAACUCGUACACUAGACUCAGUACCAUCGAGUCGAAAUUUGUGUGAUUAUUAUUAUUAUUAAUAUUUAAAAAAAAAAUAUAUAUAUAUAUACAUAUAUAUAAAAAUAUAAUUUGUAUGUAUGUAUACCUGUGUUUAAAACUUUAAAGUAGCCAUUAAUAGUGAUAAAUUUAAAAAGUCCAAGUUUAUUUUAUUAAAAAAAAGUUUGAAAAUUUUGGGCAUCAUACGCGGCGCGAUCGAUAAAAAAAUCGCGGCCUCGUUCACGUCAAUCAUAUCUUCCUUAUAUUAAUACGAUCGUACGAGAAGUGUUUUGUCUUUUCCGUGUAUAUAUAUAUAUAUAUAUAUAUAUAUAUAUAUAUACAUAUACAUAUACAUGUACGUAUAUAUAUCGAUCAUGGCGUAUUUGUUGGAAUUGCAUCCUAUCCAGGAAUUGUAACGAUCGUACUUUGGGUCUCGUGUUAAAUUAGUGAUAAAAAAAAAAAUAAAGGAAGACAGAAAGUAAGAGAGGAUAAGAAAUUAAAAUAAAAGACGAUUGGAUCGAGCUUUCCUGGUGAAGUUCACAGUGUUAGUCGUUCAAGGACAAGCUGAUUUAGAUACUAGAGCUAGAUUUAAAUAAUUAGUAUUGAAUAAAGAUUUGAAUUUUUAAAAAAAUAAGCAGAAUGGCAUCGACGACGAUAGCCGUGCCAACUGCAAGCGCCCCGGUUGUCGUGACGACGAUCCAUAAAGAAGAAGACGGCGGAGAUCCGCUGGCGGAGUGGAACGUCAGCGACACUGCAGGCAGCGAUGGAACAGCUGGGAAUCCUGGAGACGGGGAAGCGUUGGAAGAAACUCCGCGGUCGAAUGGAAUCAAUGGAAGCAGCAGCGGCGGCGAAGAGUGUGCCCUUUGUGAGGGCAAGUUGUCAUCGCCCAGGUUGCUCUCGUGUCUUCAUGUCUUCUGCGAGGCUUGUCUGGACAAGCUACUGAUCGAUGAGACGGACGAAACAAUCAAAGGAUCAGCACUGAGUUGUCCCAUUUGUGGACAGCGGACGUCUGUUGGAGCUCGCGGUGCUGCUUCACUACCAUGCGAUUAUGUACUGACAAAUAUUCUGGAUAUGUCGGCUAUUGAAAAUAUGACAGUACUCUGCACUUCUUGUAAGGCCAAAGAAAGUGCUGUGGCGCGUUGCUCUGAUUGUGCCAAUUUCUUGUGUCCCAACUGUAAUACUGCUCAUCAAUUUAUGAGAUGUUUCGAGAGCCACAAAGUCAUCGCCUUUGAGGAUCUCAAAAGAUCAAAUAAGACUGUACCAAUUCAUAAACCUAUUUUUUGUGAUUGUCAUCCUGCUGAAAAUAUCAAAUUUUAUUGCUACACAUGUCAAGAGCCUAUUUGCAACGAGUGUCUGAUGGUUGAGCACAAAACACCCGAACAUCAGUACGAGAGACUCAGUGAUGCUGAAAGCAGCCAGAUUGAAGAACUAGUCAAUUUAAUGUCUGAGAGUAAAAAUAAAAUAACAGAAUGCGACAAAACUUCAUCACAUCUUGAAAAUGCUCUUAGUGAAUUACAAGCUCAGCAUGAUCAAGCUAAAGAUCUUAUUAUUGAGACAUUUCAAAGUUAUAAAGCUAUUUUAGAAAAAUGUCGUGAUAAUGCUUUGAAUGAUCUAGAGAAAUUACAUUCCGAACGCGAACUUGAAGUCAUGGAUACUUUUCACAAUGUCGAGAAGAGCGCAGAGAAAAUAGAAGAUGCGUGUCGUUUUACAUCAAGACUACUCGAGCACGGAGACUCAACAGAAAUUUUGGCUCUCAAACGAACAGUCGCGACUCAACUGAUGAACUUAAUAAACAACACACCUAAGUCAAACAUAAAAUAUUCAAUUGAGUUCCAAACAGACUUUGAUAACUUUGAAAAAUUUGCUAAAGAAUCCUUUGGUAAAUUUAAAACAGAGAGUACACCUGCUGUCAAACCAUCACCAGAAAUAAUAACAACAAUGGCAACUUGCGCAUCUCAACAGCAGCCACAACCCCAACAGCAGCAGCAGCAGCAACAAAUGGUCUCUAUUCCAUGUCCCAAUUCAAUAAGCACCAACUCAUCCAUGUCCUUACCAACAUCAAUGCAAUCUUCCUUCGAAGGUGAUACUUUCAUCAUUCCUCCACCCACAUCGAGCCCACAAAAUGUACCAGCACCUCCACCGCCCGUUUCUCUUCCUCCAGGUCCUUCCAUGCACGGGUUCACAAGCAUCCAAGAGUAUAAUUUACAGCAGCUAGCAAGCCUAGCUGAAAAAGUCGAUCUCAAUGACACGAGCGUGGUUGCGCCAAGCGCAAACCCAAGUCCAACUCCGUCCUUUACACUGGCCGAUUUACUUGCCGGUGAAUUUCCAGUUAAUUCCACCAGUCAUGCAAUCAAUAACUUGCAGGCCUUGGCUAAGCUCGAAGCUCUCAGAAGUAAUUCAAUGGCCAAUCAAGAUCUAGGAAAUCCGACGCUCAAUGGCGGAGGAGGUCUUGUUUUAGGUCGCGUUCAAUCGCCAGUGAUGAAUGAAUCUCAGAGCCUUGGAUCAUUAAGUGCGAAUACUCUUCUCAAUAGUGGUUAUCAAUCUCUAUCAAAUUCAACUUCUCCUAUUUUAUCCCAAGGACCAGAUGACCUUAAAAGUGAAUCGAUGCACAAUAUGCCAGGGGUGGGUAACAGUGCCCCCGGUACGGGUGCCGGGAAUUACAAUACUCAUCCACGAGCAACAAACUCAAAGCAAACCCCAAUGCAAAUUCGAUCUAAAUUCGGUCAGUUGGGCCCAAGCAAAGGACAAUUCAAUUCACCGCAUGGUUUUUGUCUUGGCACUGAUGAAGAUAUUAUUGUCGCGGACACCAAUAACCACCGAAUUCAAAUAUUCGAUAAAACAGGUGAGUUCAAGUCACAGUUUGGUAUCCCUGGUAAGGAGGAAGGCCAGCUGUGGUACCCAAGAAAAGUUGCGGUGAUGCGUAAUUGCGGUAAAUUCGUCGUCUGCGAUCGCGGGAAUGAACGAUCCAGGAUGCAGAUAUUCACUAAAAAUGGACAUUUUAUUAAAAAAAUAGCUAUUCGUUACAUCGAUAUUGUGGCGGGUCUUGCUGUCACGAGUCAAGGGCACAUUGUUGCUGUCGACAGUGUGUCACCUACUGUGUUCGUUAUAAGCGAUACGGGGAAUCUUUUAAGCUGGUUUGACUGCAGUGAUUACAUGAGAGAACCUAGCGAUAUCGCUAUUAGUGGCAAAGAAUUUUUCGUCUGCGAUUUCAAAGGACACUGCGUGGUGGUAUUUAAUGAGGACGGUCAUUUCCUGCGUCGCAUUGGCUGUGAGAAUAUAACAAAUUUCCCAAAUGGGAUUGACAUAAGCGACGCUGGAGAUGUUCUUAUUGGUGAUUCACAUGGCAAUCGUUUUCAUGUUGCCGUAUUUUCUCGAGAUGGAUCUUUAAUUUCUGAGUUUGAAUGCCCUUAUGUAAAGGUAUCAAGAUGUUGCGGCCUUAAAAUAACUUCCGAAGGUUACAUAGUAACGUUGGCCAAAAAUAAUCAUCACGUCCUCGUGUUAAACACACUCUACAUAUUAUGAGGUGGAACAAGACCAGUAGCAACAAUAAAAUACAAAAAACCAACAAUAACAUCAGUAACAGCAACAAUAAUAACAUCGCAACUUCCUCCAAUUAGCAGUACUCCUAUUGGGACUGCGGUACUCUCAACGAAAGGUAAACAACAGUCAUGACCUGGGCUUAUUGCCAGUUGAUAUUUGUCUGGCCUAUCCAAGCAAUAGUUAAUUUUAAAAAAUUAAAUCUGUGUUAAAUAUCAUGAGAAAUUCAAUAAUGCGGCUUUAAUAGUUUUUAAAAAUAUGCGUCCCUAUUUUUAUGAAAGUAAACAACAGUAAUGAGAUUUCAAUCACGAUGAUUUUAAUCGUUAUGGCAAAAAAAAUAUUUAUUAAAAAAAGUUUAAGUAACGAGAGAUAAGGAGUGGAGGUGCGAGGUUUUAAAUAGAUAUAAAUUUUCGACCAAACACAGUAUAAAUAGUUUUAUUUAUAGAAUUGCAUUUGGUAAACUGCCAAAUAAUUUAAAAAAAAUAAAAAGUGUACCGUAGGAGCAUCUGGCUGUAGGCAAAUCGCGAAUAAGUUAUGCCUGUGUGCAUUAUUUAGCGUACUAGUCGUAUUAUUAUUACGCGGUUUGCUUCUAUUAGCUGAGAAAGCAAUUUAACAAUGGCCUUUUUGUCAAAAAAUUGGUCGUUGAACAUCAUUUUUUGACAUGUCAGUAUUUUAAGAAUUAUUAAAUCACAAAUCAAAGUAAUCUAGUCCUACUUUCGAGCACUAUCGUUUACUUUUAAUAUUGACCGCUGGAAAGUAAAGUCAACUAACAGCUAUUUAAAUUUCCUUAUAUCCUAGCUCAUUUUACCUUCCAGUGGCCCAUAUAUAUAUUAUAUAUAUUUUAAACAAAAUAAUAAUAUAUACUGUCUUAUCAGUUGUGCUCAAAUUUUAAACAAAAUGCUCGAAAUUUACCCUUUUUCCUCGUGUAUAUGAACCGAUAAGGAGAGUUAAUGUUUAAGAUUUAAAAUAUUUACCCAUUUAUUUCUCAAUGAUUAUUAUUUAUCACUAAAUUUUUUUUUUUUAUUAUAAGGACUUCCAUUUAUUGUUUUUUUUUUUUUUUCUGUGGUUAACGUUGGGAAAAUCGUUGUAAUAGUUAAUAUUUAUGAUGAUAGUAAAAUUAUUAUUUACUUGUUGAAAAAAAAAAGUUUCGCGCUCUUUAUUUGUACGGUGUCCCGACGUCAAUUAAUAAUCAUAGAGAAAUAUAAUGUAUUACAAUAAAAGUAUAUAAGAGUGAUUGAUUUUUUUUAGUAUGAAAGUUUUAUGAUAAAUUUUAAAAAUAUUUAAAUUUAGCUUUUGAAAUAAUUUUAAAAUAAAUUAAACUUUUUGAGUGAUUGCUGUCAGAUUAAAUGACAUAUGUUUAUUAUUAAAAUAUUUACUCAGGAUUUAAUAUGAUUUACAAUAUGAAAAUUAUAUAUUUAUAUAAUUUUCAUGAGUUCACGUGUGUAAAUUUAUCGGGUUGUGGUGCUAGCGGUAAUAUUUAAAUAUUUCGUGUAAAAUUAAAUGAUUUAAAAAAAAAAAAA